UCAUCAUGCUGGCGGAUAUGGGACAGUGCCAUGUUUCUCUCAAAUUAUAGCAAACCAACAUAAUCUAUCCAUUGAAAAGCAUGCGCAAUUGGUCAACCUCAAAGUGGCUGAGUGAUUGUCCCAGAUUAUAAGGGAAACUAAUGAUCUUGAAACACAUGCCAUAUGCAGACAAAGUGGGAAAGACUUCCAUGAUUCUGGGAACAAAAAAGACUUCCCCCUAGGAAACAUAGCAUUACUCAAGGGUUAGGUGAACGAAAUACAUGUAUAUGUACCAGCUUAUAGACAACGUACGGAACAAAACAACUGCAUUUCUUGUUUUCAUUGUGCGAGCAUCUCCUGGGCUUUGAAUCAGUUUGUCCACGUAUCCAAUUCCUUCCUAAAACUUGAAAAUUAAGAGAGAGACGUUGUAAAAGACACUGGCACCGCCCGAAAUUAAACAAGUGGACCCCUGAAAAAGUGGUCCAAACUUUCUUCUCCGGUCUAUUGUAGUUGAACGACCUGUGAAUCUUUCACGUGUCCUAUAUAUAUAUAUAGAGAGACUUCCAAAGCCAUAAUAUAUAACCCUCCUCUUCCUAACUUCGUUUCACAAAACUUAACUUUGCUUGACAAAAAGGAAAGAGAUCAGAUGACUAAACUAGGCGUCGUAGUGGUUCUCUUCUCCCUGGUGGCAGCUAUACUCCCUUGUGCACAAAGCUUGAAGGUAGAGAGCUGGGCCACAAGGCUCGAAUCCCGAAAGGAGACAGUGACAUCCCUCCAAUUCUACUUCCAUGACACGCUCAGUGGCAAGAAUCCCAGCGCUGUUAGGGUGGCUCAAGCUACAGACACAGCGAAAUCUCCGACUCUUUUCGGCCUUGUCAUGAUGGCAGAUGAUCCCUUGACCGAGACAACCGAUCCAAAUUCAAAGCUGGUGGGCAGGGCUCAAGGACUAUACGGAUCAGCAGGAAAGCAGGAACUGGGUCUCAUCAUGGCCAUGAACUUUGGAUUCACAGAUGGCAUCUACAAUGGCAGUUGUAUUAGCCUUCUUGGAAGGAAUGCAGGUCUGCACCCAGUUCGAGAGAUGCCAAUCGUGGGUGGAACCGGGCUUUUCCGUUUGGCACGUGGGUAUGCCAUUGCUCAGACACAUUGGUUUGACCCCCCGACGGGUGAUGCUAUUGUAGGGUAUAACGUGACAGUUGUUCACUAGUGUGUAUAAGCAUUAGUAAAAGUCCGUUAUUAUGUGGCCACACCAAUAAUUAUUACGUUCGUUCGUUAGUGCUUUGUAAUUCGAUAUAUAUUAGCUAAUUUCUACGGAAAUUAAUUAGUUGA